AUGGACGUUGCUAUUGGAGUCACAGUUGCUGUGGCAUUUCUUAUAAUCCUUAUCGUUUACUACUUCAUAAAUCUAGAUAACACAGUAUCUGAACUGCAUAMCAAAUGCGUAGUGAUAACUGGGUGUGAUAGUGGAUUCGGACACGAAUUAGCUCUCGUAUUAGAUUCGCAAGGUCUUCGCGUUUUCGCAGGCUGUUUGACGGAGAAAGGCGAAAAUGUCUUACAGAGCAAAUGCUCUUCAAGGCUCAAGACUAUGAGAAUGGACGUGACUAACACUAAGGACGUUCAAGGAUGUUUUGACCWCGUAAAAAACUUCAUCGAAAACACGAAUGAUCUUGUUCUGUGGGCUAUAGUCAACAAUGCAGGUAUAGGUGAACCAGGGCCGAUAGAAUGGACUCCCGUACGAGAUCUGAAGAGAGUAUUUGAUGUGAAUGUCUGGGGUAUGUUGGAGGUAACCAAAACAUUUCUACCCUUGUUAAAAAAAUCCUGUGGUCGAAUCAUUAAUGUGGCAAGUGCUGCUGGCAAGGUGCCRAUGCCAGGUGGCGGAGCAUACUCAUCAUCAAAGUAUGCUGUUCAGUGCUUUACUGAUGUACUUCGUAAUGAACUCAGACCAUUUGGAGUAUUGGUUCAUACCAUUGAUCCUGGAUUCUUUAAAACCAACAUCACAGACUUCAGAUUACACAAACAAGUCAUGGAAAAACUAUGGAAUAAUCUAAGUCAGGAAACUAGAGAAGAAUAUGGCCAGGAAUUCUGUGAUGAAGGUAUGAAACUAAUGCAGACAAUGAGCAGCUUUGCAUCCAGAGACAUCAGUCAAGUCAUCAAUGCAAUGAAUCAUUCCAUUACCUCUACUCRCCCUAAAACCAGAUACAUCAUUGGCUGGGACCAUAAAUUGCUAUGGAGAUGGUUGGCACUGCUUCCUUCWAGUGUACAGGAUUUUGUGCUCGGUAGUUCGUAUCCUAAACCAAAGGCUACAAGAAUGUAAGGGAAAGUUUUYGGGGGGAGGGGUGGGUGGGKUGUCAAGGCUUCAGAUAAGAAGAUCAUGAGUAUAGUUUUGACUAUUUUUGGAUGUCAAAGGGGUCAACUCAAUAUUUCUUCACAUUCUGAAUAUACUGCUAGAAUCAUGAAGUAUUAAAAAGAAUUUUUUAACCCCUCCCACCCCUCCCUCGCAAAAGAGACGUGCAUCCCCUGACGGAGAUUAGACCACUUUUUCAAGGAUGGUAUUCAGGUAUCGUUGCUCUAAAAUGGCUUUCCAUUUCAAAASCGAGUGAUUGGAUUAAUAUAAGUGCAGAAGCACAGAAGCCUGUAUUAWUUUCAAUUUAUAUUCUUUUAAGAAYUMUUGGUUUUUSCCGUUUGCUCUCCCUAGUGCGAUAUCAAUUGAAAACAUUUGCUCUAUACGUAUAUACCUAUCGCAUGCAAAACGCUUAUCUUUAUCUAUGAAUAGGAAACUUUCAAAGAUACUAAAAUAAAAGGGUGGAAAAGGACCUCUUUUCGCUGGUUAAAAAUAAGGGACUUAUGGAAAUAAAAAUUAGAGUAGUAGUUUUAUAAGCAAUUCAAAAAGUUUUAUGACGAUUUUUAAUAAAGUGAACGAAGAUGCAUGUUUCUAAGAAGUUUCGAAUAGUUCGUGCAAACUUAUGAAAAAUUGAAAAAGAAAAAKAAUUGGCUAAUUUACUAUGUAUCAUUUGAAAAUCUUGUCAAUAAUUGUGCCUAGAAAUAUCCUAGAGUCUCAUUAGCCGUGUAAGGGAAUAUAGUGAAUCAAAUUUAUAGCAUAAAACUCAUUGAUAGUGUGAGUUAUUUUCAAGUAAUUUACCGCCAUCACCUACAUGUUUUUGCAAGGGACCUUGUAUUUSGCUUGCUUUUCAUAUUUAUCUGACGGUAAAUAAAGAUAGAGUUACUUGUGAA